AUGACAUCAAUAACUGAACUUGAAGGUCGCUUGGGUGCUGGUCUCUUUGGUUUCACGGCUCUUGAGACCCCUUCCAUCCCCGCUUCUUCUGCCAAGGCACCAAACGGCCACGAUGGCCACACUACGCCGCUAUUGCUGCCCUCGGCUGAUGGCCUCCAAAUCGACCAUCCUUCCAUCACUCCCCCCACAUCGCCUUCGCCAUCAACUUCGCAGGCUCUCAUAACCAUCACCGAACCUCCGAGCUCCGCGGCGCUCAUUCCAGUCUACCCGCGCCUGUUCCUCCCCUCCACAGGCAAACCCGCCGAGGACGGCUGCACCCACACCAAGCGCGUCCCCAACAGGGCGCUUCAAGGCGGUACUAGUGAUACACCUGCUGCUGUCACCAUGACAAGCUACGUCAACUGCAAAGGCUGCACGGCGGUGACGGCCAUACCCAUGCAACACAUUCUCGACCGGGAUGAUGCUCCUGGACCCGCUGGGCGUGGUUCGACAACUGCUGCGCCUACCGCUUCCACUGGUACUGCGACCGUUUACCGCUGUUUGGCCACGCCGACAUCGACAGCCUCUUCCCUACCAGCGGCCCACCCUCCACCUCCCCCUCCAUGGGUGGUAUCGAGUCGUCGGACGAGGCCGGUGCAGCCGACACUUUUUGCGGCAUGA